UCCUGUACUCUCUUCUCUUCCCUCCCUCUCGAUACCCCCGCCUCCGACCUUCGCCGCUGCCGGAAUCGCGGCUUGCACCGGCCCGUCCUCUGAGAAGUGGAGAGGGGGGCGCGGCCAUGGAGACCCUCGUGCGCCCCGGGGCCAGCAAACCCCCCACCGGGAAAAGAAUGAAAGCUCGUGCUCCCCCUCCACCAAAUCAACCUUCUGCAGCAAGUAGACUUCACAGUGAGGCCAAGUCACCUGCAGAGACAGCUGUAAUUUCUGAUCAGAACCUUGUGAGCAUGAAGGAGAACAUGAUAAACAGACUGGUGGACUUCACAGUCAUUUUACCCAGUGGGGUAGAGCAGAAGUGCACAGUGCAAGGAAGUAAAGCUGUGAUGGAUGUAUUGGUUGAUUUAUGCAGCCAGUAUCACUUAAAUCCAUCUCAACAUAGUCUUGAACUGAAGUCUUCAGGAACUCAACAAGUUCUGAGUUACAAGCCAAACACUUUGAUAGGAGCACUGGAUGUACAGACAGUACUUCUGAAAGAGAAGAUUCCAGAAGAGAAGGCAAAGCGCCCUCUGCCAAGGGUCCCUGAGAAAUCUGUGAGGCUGGUAGUGAACUACCUGAAGACACAGAAGGCUGUGGUUCGAGUUAGUCCAGAGGUGCCUCUCCACAACAUCAUCCCAGCUAUUUGUGAGAAGUGUGAAGUCAGUCAAGAGCACAUUGUUCUUCUGCGGGACGGCAUAACUGGGGAAGAGCUGGAGCUUACCAAGUCCUUGGAGGAGCUAGGGAUAAAGGAGCUGUAUGCCUGGGACAGAAAAAAAGUUCCUCCAUCAAAAACUCAGUCUGAACCUUCUCUGAACUAUAGAGAACCAAAUCGAAAGGCUUCAGUAAGCAGUGAUGCAAUAGAGAAAGAAAAGGCAAGACUUUUGGGAUUGUUUAAUGCUGAUAGAAGAAGCAGCAAGGGUUUUUCCACAGCACCAAAUUCCCCUUCGGUGAAUUCUCGCUCCAGCAGCCUGGGUUCAUCACUGUCCCUUGGUAACAUCUCUGGAAUGACAGCAAACCCAGAAGUGAAAAAGCGCAGAGCACCUCCUCCACCAGUUGCAACACCAGUAUUGCCGAACACGAAUGCGGAGGUGAGGGGACAAGAGAGGACAGCAGCACAGCUAUCACAAGGAGCAUCCCUGAAUGAUUUAAGGAAAAAGAAGAGGCGUGCCCCUCUUCCACCAGCUGCGUCUGCUCCACCCACUCCUGCCAUGCCAAACAGGACAGAAGACAGGGAAGACAAGAGGAAGAGCACAAUGGGUGAUGGACGGCAGGUGCCACAAAAGCCUCCUAGGGGCACCACUCGUGGUCCCCCCCAGUUAGUGAUCCCCCCACCCCCACCUUACCCUCCUCCUGGCAGUGACAUUGUGGAUCCAACAGUGUGUUACAGAGAAGCAGAUGUUACAGCACCAACAGAGCUGGUACCUAAACAGAGCCUGCUGUCUACACAUGAUAAUGUUUAUGUAGUGGAUGACACAGUUCUGGAGCUAUCGGAGGUGGAAGAAACGGCAUCAGAAAGCAGCUGCUUUGCAUCAGAGGACACCACUGAGGACUCGGGUGUUGUGAGCUCCCCGUCGGACAUUGUAUCUCUGGAUUCACAAAAUGACAGUAUGAAGUUGAGAGACAUCAAGGUGUUCAAUGGCUACAUGGACCCAGCUGAGGCAGGUGCAGUGUGUGGCACAGAGACGGGCCCCGUGCAGAACGCUUACUGCAGCAGCGUGGGACCUGACAGUGCUCCACUGAGCAGGCAAGAUGAAGCAACAGCUUUGGCUAAGCAUGUGAAUGAAGAUACAAUCAUUGCAGCACAGCUCCAGCAGACUUUGGCUGACCUGGAUGAAGAUUUAGAAGUGGAUGGUGUCAGUAACUCUGACUCUGACUACACCAGUGAAGCCUUCAACCCACAUAUAAGAAAAGUUGAAGCCACCCAAGAUGUUUCGAUUUCUGUUCCAGUAACAAUCAUAGAUGAUGCUCCAGAAGUUAGCACCUCUAACGCAUAUGAAAACCAAGAGAUGAGGAUUAAGGUUUCACAGAAUAUCUCAGCUGACUUUGUUAAUGCAAGAAACUUCACAAAUAAAAACAAUAAUGCAGGUUCCUUUGAUAAGGGACACACAGAUGGUGGAGCUGUAUGCAAGGACCUAAUAUAUCAGCAACAAUCUGAAAAUGAAUUCAUUCCCUUGCCUGUGGAACAGAGGAGAGAUAUGUUUGAAUCUCUCACAUCUUCCUUUGAAAAAAGGAAUGAAAAGAACUUAAGACUGGAUCCCUCUCCUAAAAAUGGUGUGAAGUCUGAGGAAUGUAAAUCCAAGCUGAGUCCAUCUCGCUCCAAAGCCACGGCUGAAAUCAGUACCGCAAAAGAGAAGCUAAAUCCAGUUAAUGAAUGUAGUAGCAGGGAGAGAUCUCUGAAAAAAAGUAAAUCAGAGUUAGAAAUCAAAUGGCCACCAGCAAAAAAAACGGAAGUAGAAGUCACAUCAACACCCACAUGGUGUCAUCGUGCCCAGAAUUCAGGAUCAACCUAUGAACCUAAAAUGGGUUUGACAACAUUUAAAGUUGUUCCUCCCAAACCUGAAGUAAGACAUUUUGAUAGAGGAGUUUCAGUCUCCACUGGUGCCAUUAAGAUAGAUGAACUGGGUAAUCUUAUAGGCCCAAACACCAGUGUUAGUAAGCAUGUACAAGGUUUUUCUUCUGAUGAAAGUGAGGAAAUUCAUAUUGGGAGAGUGAAGGCAUUCUGGAGGUCAAGUUCUAUGGAAAAGCAAAGUGAUGACUCUGCUGAGCAUUUUCCUAAAAAGUCAGCAGUCACCACAAACUCUAAGCCCUUUAAUAUAAAACAUGAACACAAACCUGUCUGUCUUUCAGCUCCAAAACCUGCAGCACCACAAACUGUUACUACCCAGGUAGCUGAAAGACAAUCUGAGAAUGAAAGGACCAAACCAGCUCUUUCAGUUACACAGUCCCAGGUAACACCAUUAGCAGCCCCAGCCGUUUGUAAGGACAAGCUGGAACUCCCGUUCGUAAAGCCACAAAGGAGAACUUCAAGUCAGUAUGUUGCCUCUGCUAUUGCAAGACACAUCAAUGCAACUACCUUUAAAGCUGACCCUAUGGAAUAUAACGAGAAAGAUGAAAACAAGCAAGGGACAGGAGAGGUUAAGAAUGAAGCAGAAGUUUCACCAAAAAGAUGUAUUAUUGUGGCCAAAUAUAGCCCUGUGGAAACAGAAUCAGCAGAAACAAGAGAAAACAUUUCAAGUAUUUUUGCUUGUAGUCAGAAAGCAUCCCACAGGUUUACACCUGGUGAUAAUUCUGGCAUGGAAAACAAAGUAGUUAAUAUCAGGGCAUCAAAUCAAGCAACUUCUGUGAGUUUCUAUAAAAAGAAUGCCAGUGUCCCACUUACUAAAUCCUCUUCAAAGGGUAACAACAGUGCAGAAGAUGAUCAUGGUUUAAACAGCAAACAAAGUGUAGCAGAGAAAAAGACUGUGUUUGACCAGAAGUGUGAGACUUUGACCCACACUAACUCAGCCUCAUCCCUCAAGUCUCCUGAUCUCCAAGGAGUCCCAUCCUCUUUCAGCUCGCCUUUACGAGUCACUAAAUGGCGUCCCGCUAAUGGUGUACAAGUUAGUUCACUUAAAGCUUCUCCUGAGCUAAAUGGUGCAGCAGCAAAUGCAGAGUCAGAACAGGAGGAGAAACCUGAUGAUUCAGAUGUUAAUACUGUUGGAGACCUGGAUGUUAAUGUGCAGACCAAUAUUUUUGGACCAAAGAAGAAGUUCAAACCUGUCAUCCAAAAGCCAGUUCCAAAAGACACAUCAUUGCACAGUGCCCUAAUGGAAGCCAUUCAAACAGGAGGGGGAAAGGAGAAACUCAGAAAGGUUUCAAACGGUGCACUAAAUGGCAAUCAUAGGAAACCUUCACACACUGAGCCAGAGAAUGAGCGUUCAGCCCUACUAGCAGCAAUUAGGGGCCACAGUGGCACCUCAAAGCUAAAAAAGAUCUCCUCAUUGGCCUCCCAAGAGCUGCAGCAUUUUAGGGACGCAGAACGGUCCUUGCAGAAGGCAGAAGACCUUCAGGAAGAGCAGCUGUGUAUUCCACCUGCCCCUGCCCAGCCACCACCACCACCUCCCAUUCAGCUGUCAGCAGCAGCUCCUAAAUCCUCUGCCACAGCCUCAGGUAAUCCAAUGGAGGCAAGGCAAGCCCUAUUGGAGGCCAUUCGCUCUGGUGCCGGAGCAGCAAAGUUAAGAAAGGUCCCUCUGCUCGUUUGAAUCAUGUAAAAAGAAUAGGUAACUGGAAAAUCUAACCCUGUAUGCACCCAUAAUCAUCAUUCAAAGUCUGAAGUGGCAAAAAAACAUCAAGAAGUUUAGUUUAUUCUCUUGACUACAAGCCAAAAUAAGUUGUAGUUAAUUUUCUGUGUGUUCCUGCAUAAUGGUUCUAAGGGGAAAAUAUGUUGCUCUGCUGUAAAGCUUCUGUGCCAAGGAAUUGUGUUUUGCCUCUGAAUAUUUAAGGUUGCCAAUAAACUAUUCUUGUUGGCAGGUUAAUAAGAAUAUAAACACUGUGCAGUCCCGUGUUAAUACUUAAUUGUGUUUAUGGGCAAAACUAAAAACUUUGCUAGCUAUCUGAAAAGUAAUUCUCAUUUCCAGCUGUUAAAAAUAUGUAAGUGUUUCAAACUAUUCACUUGCUUCUUUUUUGAUUUCAAGAAGGGCUGUAAACAAUUAGGGUGAAAACCAGAGUAAAGAUCUAUAAAAAACAAUCACAAGAAAAAAGUUAGGAUACCUAAAUUGUCAUGUGCUGGGGUCACUGGUUUUUAAAAUUAAAUUAACUUUGUAUCUCUGCUGGAGCUCUGAGAAAGCAGGCAAUCAAUAAUGAAUGUGAGACAGUGUCUGUUGAAAAGUUACUUAUGGGGUAUGACGUAUAGAAUGCUAAUGUGCACAGAUAUGCUGAACCCUGGUAACAAACAAGGAACUUUAAAAAUAUUGAGCCACCUUAAAGGAUCUCUAUUUGCAACAGACUGUGAAGAUUAUAAAUAUGAUUCAGAGUAUAGAGGUCCAAGAUGUAGAAUUCAUUCUGCACUGUAAAAUGAAGUGGAGCUGGUUUAUGUCAGUAAUCAGGACUUUUGUGGUCUAUUGUUCAGGGCAUGCAUAAGUUGGCCCUUGGUUUCUAAUGUGUAUGGCUGUUGUAUGUUGUCUCACAAGUAUUUAUAGCAGCAUUUUUUUCAAAUGUUAACUACUUUGGUAGUUGUUGUUGUACAUAUUUUGAAAAUAUUUCGUUAAAUUGAUUAACUUAAAAAGGACAAAUGAAAAUGCUUUUUCACAUUUCCUAUAUUGUAAUGAAACUGAAGAAGAACUUUGUACAUUUACAUUUUUAUAAUCACAGGCUACAAUGGUGGCAGAUUUUUUCUUUAAGCUGGAAUUUAAAAUGUAUAGCUAUGGACUGUUGAAAGCACGAGAAUAUUUAGCCAUCUGCAUUUAAUGUGACUAUAUAUUAUAUAUUAUAAAAUAUUGAUGUCUGUUAGUGCCACAAAUAAAAACAAAAUCAAAAUCUGA